AUGGUGUUCGCAUCACUUUUGCCAUCCUCGAAAUUUGGAUCGCGGGCAAGAGCUGGCUCUGUUCAAAGGCCUAGGCUGACGUCGCCGCGCCCAAGCUCCACAAAGACUGCGUCUGCCUCGACCGCCUCCACGUCUACACCGACAAGUUCAGCCCCUGCCGCCCACGGCCAUGAGUUUAUCCUUGACGAAGUCCAACUGCCCUCGAUACCCGACGAGCGACCCGAUCUCCGAGAACUGAACAACUGCCUCGUGGCACUCGCCGUCGUCUUCCCAGACAUCCAGCUCGAUGUAUUCCGAGAGAUGCUCACCAGCUUCGACUGCGAGUCACGUCUCGCUGUGGUCGCCGAUGCACUUGUCAAAAAUCGUGUGGCCUGGGUGAAGGGCCGGUGGAGGUUACCCGACGAUGCCAACAAUACCCCAACCUCAUCAGUAGCAGCAGCAACGCCGCCGACAAAUGCUGAAUCGUUACAGGCCCGCGGUGCGCCACGGAGGAAGCAAGAUGGCCCAGUACCGAUCAAGGAACAAUUCAGGAGUGUCGAAUACAAGGAAGCGGUCAAGUCAUUGGCUCUUUACGAGUUCAAAGGUCUUUCACGUUCUGCCGUGACGGCAGUCUUGGCAGAACACAACUACUCAUACCUUGAGGCGCGAAAUACUCUGAUAGAGGUGUCCUCCAAAUCAUGGCGUUUCACUAUGGCGAACCUGUUCUCAAGAAAGAAAGCCGCUGUCCCGGUGACGGUUGCUGGGGCAGUAGACAGCCACCCGCUUGUCAUCUGGAAAUCCUCUGGAAAGGGCUCUAUCUUGCCUAUGAUCCGGUCCACGGGUAAUGCAGAGCUAGACCAUGAACUUUACUAUGAGCUGGUUGCCCCGCUAAAGGUCAAGGCUAAAGCAGAACAGGAACACAAGGACCGUGUUCUAGCCGUUGUUCUCAACAUGGAGGAGGCAGAGGCUGCUGAUGCCACGCACGAAUGCGCUUGCUGCUUUACCACUGCAACCUUUGAGGAGAUUACGGUCUGCAAUGCAAACGGUCAUGUACUCUGCUUCCGUUGCAUACAACACUCUAUACACGAGGCUGUCUUUGGCCAAGGCUGGCAACGGAGUAUCAACAAGGAGCUGGGCACGCUUCGGUGCCCCGCAGUAGACUCAGAUGAGUGCAGCGGCUGUAUCCCAGCGGAUCAGAUGCACCGAGCAAUGCUCGAGGAAAAGAAUGGGCCUGAAGUCCUGCACCGACUGGAUCAGCGUCUAGCCGAUCAUGGCCUCAUAUCAAGCGGUCUGCCGCUUGUUCGCUGCCCAUUUUGCAAUUAUGCCGAGGUUGAUGAGUUAUACACUCCUUCCCAGGAGCAACAGCUACGUCUCCGUGCGGCUAGUCUCCUUAAGGUCGCUUUCUUAUGUCUUUGUCUGAUAACUGUUCCGUUCCUGCUACCUCUCAUGGUCUUGACCUCUAUCGUAUGCCUUCUCUUCACCUCUCAGCAAGGUUUGGGCGAUCGCCUAAGGAGUGAGUUUGGGAAUGCGUUGACAAGACAUCGUCGACGCCGACGUGGGCUCAAAUUCACAUGCCAAUCGCCGUCUUGCAACAAGACUUCUUGUCUGUCUUGUAGCAAGGCAUGGACCGACAUACACGUUUGUCACGAGUCCGCCCUUGUGGCGUUGCGAACCCAGGUCGAACAGGCCAUGAGCAUGGCCAUUAAACGCGUGUGCCCUCGCUGCAACACAUCAUUCGUCAAGAACGCGGGCUGCAACAAGCUUACGUGUCCAUGCGGCUACAAGAUGUGUUAUGUCUGCCGCAAGGAUAUUGGCGGCAGCGGCGACGGUGACGAUGUUGGUUACCGACACUUUUGUGACCACUUCAGGCCAGAGGGCGAUCCGAGGCCCUGCGACCAGUGCAACAAGUGCAAUUUGUGGGAAACAGAAAACACAGACGCCGUAUUACAAGAAGCUAGAGAUGAGGCAGAACGUAAAUGGCUCGAGGCCGAGGGUCAUGGGCUGAACGGCGCCGAAAAGAAAUUCCUCGAGACCGGCAUUCCUUCGGGACUCUCAUCCUCCCGAGCCAGGAUGAACGGAUUCAGGAUUUGGCCAGAACUUUUCAGCAAGGCGAAAUGGCCAAGUCUAUCAACAGUCUGUGACGCUAUUGUUGAAGGUCUUUUUGUAUGA